AGAAGACAUAACUAAUGGCGUUUUGUUACAGUGUCACAACAGUAUGGACUGGUCAUACUACACUUUUGACACACUAACAGGUGUCUUCCUUGUUGGUUUUGAUGGUAUGAUGUGACCAUGCCGAACAGUGUGAAACGCGGUCCGAUGAGAGACCGUGAUGUACAGUGUAUCAAGACAUUUUCCGUGCGUAUAGAGCAGGAGGUGGAUGCCAAAGAUCUGGUGCCAUAUCUUUACUCCGUGAACAUCAUAGACUACAAUGACAAGGACGAGAUCCUCCGUCUAGGCACGACGCGACUGGAGAGGAUUCGAACCCUCGUGGACAUUAUUCACCAUCGCGGAGUUGAUGCCUUCAGUCACUUCACCCAGGCUCUCAAUCUAAAAGGAUACGUUGAUCUGGCAGCCAAAAUGCAGCAAGAACACGAGUAUGAACCACAGAGUAGCUUCCUGCCCGAGUGCCCGCUGCCUGCCGACAGACUGAGACUGGUGGAGAAUGCCUGGGAGUUGUUGAGCAGACGACUCACGAAGAUCGAGGGGAAGCUCGGUCCAAUUGAGAUGGACUCUCCCGAGGACGAAAUCGCGUCCAUUAAACUAGAACUACAGGAGGUGAAAACCGUGACAUUCGCUCGGAUGCAGGAACUGACGGAAGAAAACCGAGAAAAAGACGCCAAGAUUCAGAUUCUCAUGGAACAACUCAAAGGAAAAGAUCACAAAUUGCAGGAGGCGCAGGUGAAAAUAAAACUUCUCGAAAAACGGACUCUGGAUCUUGAGCGGAAGUUGAUACUAUCGAGGAAGGAUAUUGAAAAACAAACAAAGCUGAACAGAGAUCAGCAGACUGAGAUGAGGAACAUGAAAGAUCAGAACACGCAACUGUUAAACCGGACUACCACAAUGGAGGCUACCAUGGCGACUCAGGGAGACGCAAUCCAGAAACUCCAACAGCAGUUUGAGAGCUGGACCGGAAAGAAUAACAACUCUGGUAGGAAGAAGUCCGCAAAAACAGCCAAGGCGGUGGAGUUUCCGACAUUACGAUACAACUGUAAAUACACUAAUAAGUAAUUGUGUUUAUAAUCAGUGAUGUGAAAAAUCUUAUGAUGCAACUGGAAAUGAUGAACAUUGAUUGUAAUCAGGUACAUAAGAAGAUUAAUUUUUUAUAUACUUGGUAUUACGUUCUGUCAUAACUGUGACACAAAAUAUACACUAAUUGUUGUCUCUAGUAAAUUUGUAACAAACUGAUUAAUAAAACAAUAAACACUGUCUUCCACAACAACAAUUGUGAAGAGGAUAGAAUUCUAGCAUUUACCAAAUCAAGCUACUGCAUACAGACAUAUAGGGACUAUAAAUAUGGCAAUAAAGUAUUUAAAACCCA